AUGUUAAUAAACAGUUUUGCUGUUCGUUGCAUGUCCACUCCAACCCAAGAUCCAAAAGCUAAGGCCACAUCUGUUAUUGAUGCUUUGCCAGGUAACAGUAUAUUGUCUAAGACAGGUAUUCUUGCUACUUCUGCAGCUGCCGCUGUCUAUGCAAUCUCUAACGAAUUGUACGUUGUGAAUGAUGAAACAAUUUUAGUUAUUGCUUUUUCUGCCUUUGCUUUAACUUGUGCUAAGUUGGUUGCGCCAGCUUAUAAGGACUGGGCUGAUGCCAGAAUUAAACACGUUUCUGAGAUUUUAAAUUCUUCCAGAAACAGACAUGUUGAAGCUGUUAAAGACAGAAUUGCUUCUGUUGGUGAAUUACAAAAUGUUUCUGAAACCACCAAAGUUUUAUUUGAAAUUUCUAAGGAAACCGUUAACUUAGAAGCUGAAGCUUUUGAGUUGAAACAAAAAGUUGAAUUGGCUGCUGAAGCUAAAUCCGUGUUGGACUCCUGGGUUAGAUAUGAAGCUUCUAUUAGACAAGAGCAACAAAAACAAAUUUCCGAAGCUGUUAUUGCUAAGGUCCAAUCUGAAUUAUCUAAUCCAAAAUUUCAAGAAAAAGUUUUGCAACAAGCUGUCAGUGAAGUUGAAAAAUUGUUUUCUAAAUUGUGA